UCGUUCUCCAUGACUGCAAUUCAAGCGAAUCAGCUAAGACAACUGAAAGAAAUUUUCAUGAGAUUCGAUAUGGAUUCAGAUGGAAGCCUAACCCUCCUGGAACUCGCCGCGCUUCUACGAUCUCUUGGUCUCAAACCAACAGGUGAUCAAAUUCAUGUUAUGUUAGCAACAAUGGAUUCAAAUGGAAAUGGUUCGGUGGAAUUUGAAGAAUUGGUAAAUGCUAUAUUACCAGAUAUGAAAGAAGAGAUAUUGAUCAAUCAAGAACAAUUAUUGGAGGUAUUUCGAUCUUUUGAUCGUGAUGGUAAUGGAUAUAUAACUCCGGCAGAACUUGCAGGUUCAAUGGCCAAAAUGGGUCAACCUUUAACAUAUCGAGAACUUACAGAGAUGAUGAGAGAAGCUGAUAGUGAUGGGGAUGGUGUUAUCAGUUUCAAUGAAUUUGCUUCGAUAAUGGCAAGAUCCGCCGCUGAUUUCUUCGGACUCACCUCUCUGUCAUAG